AUGAGUUCGCGCCUCCUUCAAGAGUUCAAGAAGCUGCAGAGAGAUGAGACGAGCGUGGUCGAUGAAGUUUGCUUAUUUCCGCACGAUAACGUGUGCUGUUGGAGGAUGAAAAUGAGAGACUUUGUAGAAGACACAUCAGAUGCGCAACUCUUAAGAGAAGACCUGGCAGAACUGAAGAGACGCUUUGGAGGAGACGGCAAAAUACACAUGGAAUUGAAUUUCAGCUCGAGAUACCCGGUCGAGCCACCGAUGAUUCGCGUCGUUUCGCCAAGGAUGUUGCAAUAUACCGGGAACGUCACGAUCGGAGGAGCUGUAUGCUCGGAGUUUCUUCUUGCAGGGGGAAAGUACGAUCCCGACUUCGAAAUAUCUGAAAUAAUGCGAAUGGUUCGAUUGAACAUGCUCACCGCCCCAAAAGUGGUCGUUACCACACAAUUUGGCCCCGGAGGAAGAGCGGGGCCGUUGCGAGUGGACCUUAACGGCCGAGAUCAUCUAGGAAGUCCACUGAGAGAGUAUUCGCGCACAUCGGCAGAGUCGAGUCUUCGUCGAGCGAUAGCGCACCACCAAGAGAAUGGAUGGUGA